AAAUCACCCUCUCUAUAUAACAAGAACAAUUCCAUUAUUCCAUGUAUUAAAGGACCUAGACAACUAAUCAAAAAGAAGAAAUACAUAGGAAACAUUCAAGUUUCAACAAAAUUCUUAGCAGUUGAAGAUUUCUGCUAGCUACAACUCUUAAUUUCCCUCCCUCUAAAGUCUUGAACCAACCCCUUAUAUAUAUAUAAUCUCAUUCAUUUCCCUACCUUCCUUGAAUAUAGCUAGAAUAACAUUUUGUGUUACUGAGCAUAAAUGAGAUUGUACCCAUCAUAGAGAAUCAAACCAAGUUUGCAUUUUGAUCUGAAAUUCUUAACUCAACAUGAAAUUCACAUGGAAAUCGAUCUUCCCCAGUUGCUAUAAAGGUGAUGAGUACUCGUCGCCGGCGAAGCCAGCGACGGCGACGGUGGUGGCUACGAAGACCGGCGGUUCUUCCAACAGGAUUUCCAUGUCGGAUUUGAGUUUUCCAAGCGCCACAGCAUUCAAUGAGGAUCUCUCAAUUUCUCUAGCAGGUUCUAACCUCCAUGUUUUCACACUAGCUGAGCUCAAGAUCAUCACACAGGGCUUCUCCUCCAGCAACUUCCUUGGAGAAGGAGGGUUUGGACCUGUGCAUAAAGGGUUCAUUGAUGAUAAGCUCAGGCCUGGUCUCAUGGCUCAGCCUGUGGCUGUUAAGCUCUUGGAUCUGGAUGGCUCUCAGGGUCAUAAAGAGUGGCUGACUGAAGUUGUGUUUCUGGGUCAACUUACCCAUCCACACCUUGUGAAAUUGAUUGGAUAUUGCUGUGAAGAAGAACAUAGGCUUCUGGUGUAUGAGUAUUUACCAAGAGGAAGCUUAGAGAAUCAGCUAUUUAGAAGAUAUUCAGCCUCUUUACCAUGGUCAACAAGAAUGAAAAUUGCUGUUGGAGCUGCUAAGGGUCUAGCUUUUCUACAUGAAGCAAAGAAACCAGUCAUCUAUAGGGAUUUCAAAGCUUCAAACAUCUUGUUAGACUCUGACCACAAUGCAAAGCUCUCUGAUUUUGGGUUGGCAAAAGAUGGUCCUGAAGGAGAUGACACACAUGUUUCCACUAGAGUUAUGGGCACACAAGGGUAUGCAGCACCAGAAUACAUCAUGACAGGACAUUUGACAGCAAUGAGUGAUGUGUAUAGUUUUGGAGUGGUCCUCUUGGAGAUUCUAACAGGAAGAAGGUCAGUGGACAAGGCACGCCCACCAAGAGAACAAAACCUAGUGGAAUGGGCCAGGCCAGUUUUGAAUGAUUCACGGAAACUUAGUAGAAUAAUGGAUCCAAGAUUAGAGGGACAGUACUCUGAGAUGGGUGCAAAAAAAGCAGCUGCAUUAGCUUAUCAAUGCCUCAGCCACAGGCCAAGGAAUAGACCAACAAUGACCACAGUGGUUAAGGCUCUUGAGCCUCUACAGGAUUUUGAUGACAUUCCAAUUGGUCCUUUUGUUUACACGGUUCCAGCUGAGAAUAAUGAAGUACAGCAGAAAGAUGCAAAAGAGGGUGAAAGUACACCUAGGGAGAGGAAGAGAGAAAAUGGUGGCUAUCAUAGAAAUAACAAUCUCAGCAAUGGCCGUAGGCACAGUUCUGAUGGAAAUGUGACACCUAGAGAUGCAAGAGAAUGUGACACACCUAAGGAGAGGAAGAGGGAAAGUGGUCACCGGAAUCACCAUCGCCGGAAGCAUCCACUUAAAUCACCUGAUUCACGAUCGCGGUCACGGAAUGAGGUGCACCAAAAUGGUGAAAGAAGAAGUGGGUCAGGCUCACCUGAGUCCGCAACUGUUGUUGUGGCCGCAACACAAAAUGAGGCGCACCAAAAUGGCAAAAGAAGUGGAUCACACUCACCUGAGUCAGCAACUGCAAUUGUGGCCGCAGCACCGAAUGAGGUGCACCAAAAUGGUAGAAGAAGAAGUGGAUCACACUCACCUGAGUCGGCAACUGCAAUUGUGGCCCCAGCACCGAAUGAGGUGCACCAAAAUUGUAGAAGAAGUGGAUCACACUCACCUGAGUCCGCAGCACGGCAUGAGGCUCACCAAAAUGACAGAAGAAGUGGAUCACACUCGCAUGAGUCCGCAACUCCAAUUGUGGCUGGAACAUGGAAUGAGGUGCACCAAAAUGACACAAGAAGUGGAUCAUACUCAUCUGAGUCUGCAACUGCAAUUGUGGCCGCAGCGUAAAGGGUUUUGAAGUCCCCACAACGGUAUUGCAACUGCAAUUGUGACCGCAUCGAUCUGCACUUGUCCACAAUUUCAUAACACAACCACCGUGAUUUAAAACCCGAAAUGGCUCCACUGCAUCAGAAUUGCAAGGAAACAUAGCUUAGUAGACAUGUAGAUCAUACUGUAAAAUGUAUAUAGUUAUUUGCUGAAGAAUUCUUAGUGUGUCAAAUACUAGUACCAAUAAAAGUUUUCCAAAAUGAGAAGAGAGUACAAUUGUAAUGGUUCUUCCAUGGAAGAACAUCCUUAAGUUUUUUUUGUUUAUCUUAUUUGUUAUUCUUGAAUUUUCUGAGGAGGAAGUUAGUGAUUAAUUUGAAUUGUUUAUACUAGAA